AGAACAUCCGGAAGCAAGGGGAGCUGAUUCAGCAUGAGAAGGCAAGCCCCCUGAAGGGAGCAGGAGGAUUACAACCAGCUGCACAAGAGGAUCAACCACACCUGGGAUUUUGUGGUGAUGCAAGCACGGGAGCAACUCCGGGCAGCCAAGCAGCGGAGGAAGGGCGACCGCAUUGUCAUCGAGUGUCAGGAACAGGCCUUCUGGCUGGUCAACAGGCCCCCGCCUGGCACUGGCAACCUGAUGGACCAAGGCCCAGAGCGGAGGAACCGCCAGGGCACACGGGUGCAGCUGGAGAAGAAUGCCGACUACUACAAGCGGGAGAUCCGUUACUUCCUUGCUGCCAUGAGCCGAACACGCAUCAAAUCUUCCCUUUGCCUGGAAGGGUACGUCAAGUUCAAUGAGCAGUACGUCCCCCACGACCCCGUCAUGUCCGGCUGCCUCCCCAGUAACCCCUGGAUCACGGACGACACCACCUACUGGGCAAUGAAUGCCCCCACGGUGACGGCACCCACCAAGCUGCGUGUAGAGCGAUGGAGCUUCAGCUUCAGCGAGCUGAUUAACGAUCCCCUUGGGCGCACGCAGCUCCUGGAAUUCCUCAAGAAAGAGUUCAGUGCUGAGAACUUGAGCUUCUGGGAGGCCUGCGAAGAGCUGCGCUAUGGGGAGCAGGCCCGCAUUGAGGAGAUCGUGGAGUCCAUCUACCAGCAGUUCCUGGCCCCCGGGGCCACUCGGUGGGUGAACAUUGACAGCAAGACCAUGGAGCGCACCCUUGAAGGCAUCAAGACCCCCCACCGCUACGUGAUGGAUGAUGCCCAGAUGCACAUCUAUAUGCUGAUGAAGAAGGAUUCUUACCCUCGCUUCCUCAAGUCGGAUCUCUACAAGAACUUGCUGGCGGAGGCCAUUGUCCCACCAGAGACCAAGAAGAGGGUUUUCCCCUUCAUGCGGAAGCCCCGACACGCCAGCCCCAGCCCAGCAGCCCUGAUCCCUGCGGCUCCGGGGGAUCCCGAUGAGAAGGCUGAAGCCAAGAGCCCCUCGGACCCUACAGAGACCCCUUCGGAGGAGGGGGGCAGCUAAUGUGUCCCCUCCCGACCCAUCUCACCAGGCAGACCGUUCCUCUCUUCCCCCCUACUCCCACAACAUGAGAACCAAGGGGCACGCACACACACACACACCCACACCUGAUGGUGCCCCAGCCUGGACUCUGAGCAAACCUUGCGUCUCUCCUGCUCUUCUCACCAUUUACUCUGCAACUGGAUAUAAGCCAUAGGGAGCGAAGGCC